AUGGGAUUUUGGGACAUUCCAAACUUGAAACUCUAUGGAAUCCUUACCGCGCUCUUCAUCCCCUUUCUUAUCGUCAAAAUUUGGACAGAUUUGAAAAGUAAAUUUGGAAUUUUGAUCUUUUUGAAAUUCAAUGAUCGCUCGAAAAUUGGAGAAGCUUUGGUCGAGAUGCGAAAGUGCUUUCAAAAAGGCUCCUGCGUCAUUUUUCGAGAAUACAAGCAGAUAAAAAUUGAAAAAUACGAGUUUCUCAGAGACGUUUCGAAGUACAAGAGUUUUUCGCAUAUCCUCUGGCUUCAUUGCGAGUCUGAGUCGCAUUUGGACUACAUUCUCCCUAAAAUUGAGCAGCGGCUGAACAAUGAUCCUGUCGUUGCGAAAUCAAAAACGAUGAAGCUGAAAGAUAUUGGACUGGCGCACCUUUUCGACACGAUUACUCUCGGAGUUUUCAACAAGAAAAAGACGUCAGAAAGAUUCCUGCGCUUUUACAGUCCACAUGUUCGAUACGGAGACUGGAGCAAUCGAGACUGGUUCAACAUCCUUAGUCUUAUGUACACGUCGGGAAUGGAGCGAAUUUCGCGAAUUCAAGGCUUCGCUGAAUACAAAAUGCUCCAAGAGCGUUUUCCUACUCCAUCUGGCGGCUUGGUCGAGUCCAAAAAAGACUCGGUCGUUUUCGUCGAAGUCACUUUUCCCUCCGAAGACAAAGAUUCUGUUUGA